CAAUGCAACCUCAGUUCUUCAGUGCAUUUUGCGAAGCUGGGGGAAUCAUGCUUCAGUGAGAGCGUGAAGUAUAGCUCUACAUCCGCCAUGUUGCCCUGUGGACCAGCUUUGUCCUUUAUUCGGUGUCUGGUGCGGAAGAAGGAUGUCAGUGGUGAAAGCCUUGAGGACUCCAAGUUGUGUCGAUGCUUAUCAACUCUGGACCUUAUAGCCCUGGGAGUAGGCAGUACCCUUGGUGCUGGUGUUUAUGUCCUUGCUGGAGAAGUAGCCAAAUCUGAUUCUGGACCUAGCAUCGUUGUUUCUUUCCUCAUUGCUGCACUGGCAUCUGUGAUGGCAGGUCUCUGCUACGCCGAGUUUGGCGCUCGUGUACCCAAGACUGGUUCUGCCUAUUUGUAUACUUAUGUAACUGUCGGUGAACUGUGGGCUUUUAUCACUGGUUGGAAUCUCAUUUUAUCUUACGUUAUAGGUACAUCAAGUGUAGCAAGAGCCUGGAGUGGCACCUUUGAUGAACUUCUUGGAAAACAGAUUGGUCAUUUCUUCGGAACCUACUUCAAAAUGAAUUACUCUGGGCUAGCAGAGUAUCCUGACUUCUUUGCUGUAUUCCUUAUAUUACUUUUAUCAGGUCUUUUAUCUUUUGGAGUAAAAGAAUCUGCAUGGGUGAAUAAAAUUUUCACUGCUAUUAACAUCUUGGUCCUACUCUUCGUUAUGAUUUCCGGUUUUGUGAAAGGAGAUGCUGACAACUGGAAAAUAAGUGAAGAAUAUCUCAUAAACCUUACUGCAGUAACAGAGAACUGCUCAUCCUAUGAGAAUGUGACAAGUAUAUAUGGGAGUGGUGGCUUUAUGCCGUAUGGUUUCACAGGAACAUUGGCUGGUGCUGCAACUUGUUUUUAUGCUUUUGUGGGAUUUGACUGCAUUGCAACAACUGGAGAAGAGGUCAAGAAUCCUCAGAAAGCCAUACCCAUAGGAAUUGUGGUGUCCUUGCUUGUCUGCUUCAUGGCCUAUUUUGGGGUUUCAGCUGCACUGACACUUAUGAUGCCAUACUACCUACUAGAUGAGAAAAGUCCUCUACCAGUAGCAUUUGAAUAUGUUGGAUGGGGUCCUGCGAAAUAUGUUGUAGCUGUGGGAUCCCUCUGUGCUUUGUCUACAAGUCUUCUCGGCUCUAUGUUCCCUUUGCCCCGAAUUCUGUUUGCCAUGGCACGCGAUGGUUUACUCUUUAGUUUUCUUGCCAAAGUGAGUAAGAGGCAGGCACCAGUUUCUGCCACCUUGACAGCAGGGGUCAUCUCUGCUAUAAUGGCAUUUCUGUUUGAUCUAAAGGCUUUAGUGGACAUGAUGUCUAUUGGUACACUUCUUGCUUAUUCACUUGUGGCAACCUGUGUCCUCAUUCUUAGGUACCAACCGAGUUUAACCUAUGAGCAACCAAAAUAUUCUCCAGAAAAAGCAGCUUUGGCAGCAUCUGAAAGGGAAUCUGCAGUUAGUGAAUCACAGAUAAAUAUGUUACAAGAGAAUCACUUCAGUCUUCAGACCCUGAUGAAUCCAACCAGUUUACCUACCAAGCAGACUGCAACUACUGUUAACUUUUUAGUGGGUCUCUUAGCUUGCUUGGUUUGUGGCUUGAGUGUCCUCACUACAUACGGGAUUCAUUUCAUUGCUAACUUGGAGCCCUGGAGUAUUGGCCUUCUUGCUGUGUUGGUGGCAUCCUUCGUAGUUACCAUUCUCCUCAUCCAAAGGCAGCCUCAGAACCAGCAGAAAGUGGCCUUUAUGGUUCCACUAUUGCCAUUUUUGCCAUCAUUCAGUAUCCUCGUUAAUAUUUACUUGAUGGUACAAUUAAGUGGAGACACUUGGAUCAGAUUUAGCUUCUGGAUGGCACUUGGCUUCCUCAUUUACUUUGCUUAUGGCAUCAGACACAGUCUUGAAGGUCAUCGUAGAGAUGGAGAUGACGAUUCUUGUUCAGAAAAUAGUGGGUUGCAAGAAAAGAACCCUGUGGAAGAAGUGGAUGAACCUGAAAAUGCAAAUGAACAUGAUCAAUUUCUUGCACAUGAGAGGACAAGUGAAUGUUAAUCUGUGCAAACAUACAAGUCUUUUAAACCUUUAAUUGACAUUUUACUCGUGGACUUUCAGAAGCUUUCUGCCGACAUUGUGCCUCUUGAAAGUGUUUACUACAAGGCCUGGCUGAUAUUUUGGACAAGCUGCUAAUCCAUCUUCAUCAUUUCAGAACUGACAGCAUGGAUAUUAAUAUUUAAAUUAAAAAACAAACAAGAGGAAUACCUUUUGGUAGGCAAAAAUUUGGAUGCAUUGUUUGAACUGUCAUCCAAAAUCACUGACAAUCGCAAAAUAUGAAGAAUUUUAGAACUGCCUGCAAGAAGUUCUGAAUAUUUGACACUGCAUUGUGAACACAAGUGCCUUUUGUACCUUCUCCUUAUCUCUGCUACAUGUUUUAGUCACGACCUAAUAGCUCUCUUCUUCUACAGAAGUAACUGUCAUGGGAGAUAAAUUGCAGACAGGCCUGCAAAGUAUUUCCAAAAUUAAUGGUAAUUGUACAUGUCUGAUAGUUUGCAAAAAGUAGAGGAAUAUAUAUUUAUGUAGAAGGAAAUAACUGCUUACCUUUAUUAAUCAGUAGUCAUGGAGAACUCAAACAGUAAAGAUACUUCAAAGGGAUUUAGUCCCUCUAAACAGUAUUCAAGAUUUCUGUUUAUAUUAAUUCUUUCCAGAGAUGCUGUGUAUAUUCCCAAGAGCAGCUAUGUUAUUUUCUGCAAAAGCAUCUGCAAAAUAAUCUGUUGGUCACAGUAUUGACAGUGACAUUCAUAUGUGAUUUAGCAAGUAUCUUGCUUUAAUUUCAUAAGGGACAGGAUUUUAUCCCUGACUACAUAAUUUGGUACUUAGAGCAGUAAGGUUUCCGCCUUACUACUCAUUUAUUUCCCCUAUACUUUCAUCUCCUUUAACACGUGCCAGAGCUGGUAUUUCUGAGAUUAGUUGUCACACAUUGCUUCUCCUCAGAAAAAUUAAUGCACAAAAUCCCAGCCUCCUUUUCAGAUGGAAGGGGAGGUUAAAAAAGCACAGGCCUGGGCUUUGGAAAAAAUCCUCGUCAAAACAGUAUUGCAGUGUUUCACUAAGCCUUAGCACAGCAGUUUUUUGUGAGCCAAGCCUACAUCCACAAAUCCCUUCACGUGGGUAGGAUGUCCAAAUGCUUAUUUAUGUAAAGAACCAAAUUGUUGCACCAGUGCUGGGUGAACAAUUAUUUUAAAGCUGGUGAAAAUAGAAACUGUUCUUUCAUCAUGCUACCUGUCAUAGGCACCCAGAUACUUUAACACUUUCUCUCAUCAAGUAGUAGGCUCAAGUCCCAUGAAGGACUGAUUCCACAAUAUGAAGUUAUUUUGCAAGAAUGUGUUUAUAAAAAUAACUUCCCUGAAGUAAGAACUGUCUUGGAUUUUGUCAUGGAGAGUUGCAAUCUGUUGCCAGUACUAAUCAUUGGUAUUAAUCACUGUUCUUAGGUAUAAAAACUUUAGCUCCUGUGAGAGCUGUGCUGGUUGACAGUGAAAAGCACCUUACUUUUUAUAAAAAAAAAAA